UAAACACAGCAUAGCGCACAUAAGUUGCGACUAGCGGAGCACGAAAGUGGCGUGCGUAGAGUCUGUGUGUGUGAGGCAUGGCGUUCCCUUUUGGUAAGCCUGCGGCGGCUCCAGCCUCCUCACUGUUCGGAACAGCCCCCGCCGCCGGAACACAGGCAACAACAGCAGGAUUUGGCGGAUUUGGGUUGGGUGCAGCUUCUACACAACAACAGCAGCAACAGGCGGUCGGCGCAGCACCGCCGGCGGCAAACGCGGGGUCAGCCUCCCAGAAGGAGUUCGAGAAGCUGUUCGAAGCUUAUGCGGCCAAGAAUCCCGCCAAUGGCGAGCCCAAUCCCAGCUGCAGGAUGAAGCACGUGGUGUACAACCAAGUUGACCCAAGCUUGAGAAACUCGUACACCCGCCCCCCGCACAUGGACGACAAGACGUGGCAGAAGGCGGAGGAAGACAACCCUGACCCAAGCAAGCUGGCGCCAGCGGCGGUGAUCGGAUGGGAGAGCCUCAAAGAACGGCUAGUGGGACAGCAGCAGGAAAUGAAGAAGAUGGCCGAGUUUGUUGCGCUGAUGCAGAAUACGACCAGGGGAGGACUUCGGUCGGUGGCUUUAGUGCGGACGCAGAUGGAGGCUUCGCGACGCAGGCACCUGGCCCAAGCACAUCGCUUCCUAAAGCUCCAGCGCAAGCUGGAUGCGGUCCGAUGCCUGAACAAACCCCUGAGUGACGACGAGCGGCAGCUAAGAACGAGGCUGGAGGGUGUCCACCGAUCCCUGGGCCCCCCGCAGCAGACGCUCAAGGACCUCAACUCGGCCCUCCUUCAGGGAGAGAGACACAUGGAGGAAGUGGAGGAGAUCACGGAUCCGGAAGAGUUGCGAAGAAUUUUCCAGGCGCUGGAGGGGCAGCGCGAGGGGCUGACGCACUUGAUGCGAAUAGUCAAGAAAGACCGCCAAGACCUGGAGAUUAUGAAGAAGUCGAGGGAGCUUCUCCUCACCCACUGA